UGGCUUCCAACGUCAGUCCGAUUCGAUGUAAACAUAAACAGUGUAGCAGCAGUAGGCGCAGAUUUCCCAUGCGAUCAUGGCAUUAUUACAUAAAAAGCACAGCGAAAUACCGGAGGAUGCCGUGAGAUUGAACGAAAGGGAGGCCUUGAUCUACUUUAUGAAACUGGUAGAUGGAUGGCCGGACAAGUGGGAAAUAUGGCCCUUGACGUUCACCCCUGGAAUUCUGGGAGCAACGACGGUCAUGUCCAGCAUCUACAUCAAUAGCCACUACCGAUCGAAGCUCAAACUGGGCAACUAUGGACGUCUAUCCAGUUAUAUACCGGCCGUGGUCCUGCCGGCAAUCAUGACCACAUUUUUCCACAAGAGUUUCAUCGUGCCGGACGUGGUGCUCAACACACGGCAAUGUGCGGUUUGUGUUCAAACCAGGGCUGGACUGUUACAGGCAGGGUUCAGCACCGCUUACCCGAUGCUGCUAGCACCGAUGUCUGCCUUCAUGUUCGCCACCCGACAUUUCACUUACCGUUUGCCGUCGAUUACCGAGCAGCCGCGGGAAGUGCUCAAGAUGUACAAAAAGCUGUCCAGUCCGCUCAUGAUGCCGGUGAUUGCCCUGCUGGCAUUCAAUAUGAUGGCGUCGAUGUUCCUUACCGGCAAAGAGAUGCAGACUGUGUACAAAAUUAAUCUGACACUGCAGGACAGGGAGCAGGCGGAGGAGUUGGAGGAUUGAUGAAUUGUUUAGUUUGUUGUUCAUUUAGUUGUAACUAUGUAGAUAAAUGCUGCGAAAAAAUAAGGAUUUUCA